ACCACAUCUUCGUCGACAUUUCGUUUAAACCCGUUUACCGUCGAUCUAAAAGCAAAAAAUGUCGUGUCCACAAGAGAACGGAAUUGGAAGCUCGCGAACUCGUACUUUUUGUCUUUUGGUCUGUAUUUCUUUUUGCUAUGACAGCAAAAGGAGUCCAAGAACCGCAUCGGGUUCCAGGAACCGCGCCGGACCACUUAACCAGUCUCCCAAGCCUUAUCAAUUUGUUUAUGGCCCCCCGACCAGUCCUGCCUCCUUCCCCACACUCAAAGACACAUACUCGCGCUAAGAACCAUCUACCGGAGGUCACCAGACGUUCCAACUUUCUUAUCUUACCCACGAACCAGAAGGAAUUCCACGUCCAAAAUGCACUUAUUCUUCGUCCAGAACCCAUUUUACCAUUUUGACAACCCCCUUUAAUCAACUCCAACUUAAAUUUAGUUUUUAAUAUCUUUUUCUCUUUUUUUUUCAGAAACUUUAUUUGCUUUGCUUUUGAGUAAAGAUGUUUCAUUCUUCGGCCGGUACAACGCCGACGAAUUAUUCGGAUGGAAGUGCCGGAUUUCAUCAACAUCUUCAACAGCCGGCUGUGUUUAUGGCUGCGGCUGCAGGAGGACGCGCGAUGCCUCAUCAAUAUCCGUCUCCUGCCGGAGGCCAUUUUGCCCCAUCACAUCAAACCAAUUGGGCCGCUGCUCAUGGUGGUUACGGCGAAGUUGCUGGUCCAUCUGCGCAUCUUGGCGCAACAUCAACUCAUGCAGGAGCUUUAUCGGCCGGACAAUUUUAUGCGCAAAAUAUGAUGAUGAAUUCUUGGAGAGCUUACGAUGGUACCGGUUUUCAAAGAACUUCACCUUAUGAUGGUCCGAUGGAAUUUCCUUUCGGCGAGGGCAGAGAAUGCGUCAAUUGUGGCGCUAUUUCGACUCCGUUGUGGAGACGCGACGGAACCGGACAUUACCUUUGCAACGCAUGCGGUUUAUAUCAUAAAAUGAACGGAAUGAAUAGACCAUUAAUCAAACCAUCUAAAAGAUUGCAGACCGCCACCAGACGAUUAGGACUUUGUUGUACAAAUUGUGGCACACGAACAACAACCCUUUGGAGAAGAAACAACGACGGAGAACCAGUUUGUAAUGCUUGCGGGCUCUAUUUCAAGUUACACGGUGUUAAUCGACCGUUAGCGAUGCGUAAAGAUGGGAUACAAACGCGCAAGCGUAAACCGAAGAAACCAGUUGGCGGUGAUCGCGAUGACAGCGCCAGUUCCUCAGUGGACGAUCCAAAACCAUCAGUAAUAACCCAUCAUACCAACCAACAUAACCAAAUUCACCAACAACCGCCAUCUACUACUCAACAUUCAUCUUCUUCGUCACAUUCGACGCAAUCUCAUAGUACUGAUGUGUCAUCAUCGAUAAAAUCGCCAUUAUCAGAUCGUCCCUAUUUAGGGCACACAUCACUUCUUCCUUCGUCAGCAACAACAUCCGCGAUUAAAACCGAACCGAGUUAUGAUUAUAAUUGUAUUCAAAGUAGCGGCCAUCAAUCGUACCCUUACCAACAAUUAUUUGGGUUUUCGAACGGUUCGCCAGCAAAUACAGAGGUCGCUUAUCAUCAUCAACAUCACGUGACGGCUGCCGCUAAACUCAUGGCGUCGUCGUGAAAUAGUUAAUUAAUUUUCGCGGAUUAAAUUUGUUUUUAGAAAAUCGUUGCUGGUGUAUACGCGGCUUGAUUUUUUUUGUUUAAAUGUAAAGACUUAUUAAAAAGAAAAGUAAAAGAAUUUGUGUAUUUAUUUGUAGGAUUAAGGUUAUUUUUUUUUAAUUAGGAGCUUUUUUAAAAUGUUAAAAAAAUUAAUAAGAAGCUUUUGAUUUUUUAACAGGGCGAUUUUGCUUACAUACAAAUUGUAUGUAAAAAAAAUAACCCCUUGUAUGUAUUUUUUUUUAAAGAAGAAAGCACCUAGUUUUUUUGACUGUGAAUAAACUUUAAUUGAAUCAUUAAAUUUUAAUUUCGUUUUAAACAUUGCUGUGCAAUAUUUUUUUGUAAUUCCUUUUUAUGU